CGGAAUAGAGAUAAUCUACUUAACCCAUUUUCUUUAUUAUGACGGAGAAAAAAAAGAAAGCACGGAAGCAAAUUUGUACAUGGAUUCCUAUUGAACUUGUUGCUACAACUAUCAUUGUUAUCAUCACUUUAACAGCUCUUCGCAGCACCACCGCCAAGAUUGCUUUUGUGGGUGUUAUAGCUGAUGUCUUCAAUGUUAUUAUGUAUGCAUCACCUACUCUUGCAGUGAAAAAAGUGAUUGAAACAAAGAGUGUGCAAUACAUGCCGUUUUGGUUGUCUUUUGCUGGGUUCAUCAACGCUAUCGUUUGGACCGCAUAUUCACUCAUCCACAAAAUAGACCUCUACAUUUUGAUUAGCAAUGGUAUUGGCUCACUCUGGGGUUUAACUCAACUGAUCAUCUAUGCAAUCUACUGCAAGUCAACACCAAAAUCUGAAGAAUCCGACAAGAAGCAGCAACAACAGCAGGAAAUCCAGCUCUCCGAGGUCUAAACCUAGAAUCCCCUUUAAAUUCUCUCCAGCUCUUUCUUCUUUCUCUUCUUUGUAAGCAUCUAAUCUCAAGAUUGUAGAGCUUUAUUCUUUUCCUUUCUCUCAUAGGCACUUUAGUGCAAUAGUUUUUCUUUUUCACUUAAUUGUGUUCAUUGCAUAGUUAAGUACAUACCUGAAUUCAUAUCGAUGGUAUAAUUAUUCGUACUU